GAUCCGGCAAAGAUUGUUAACUUCCGGAUCUAUAAGAAAUCUCAUUCGGAAAGCAAUUAAACCAAGUCUACAUCCCGUUCUGAAAUCAAUUCCAGGACAGGGGAGACGAGAGGCGAAUCUUCCGAUCGCCCUCUCCUUUCUCCGAUCACCGUCUCCUUUCUCCGAUCACCGUCUCCUUCUUCCGAUCACUCAGAUACCCGGCUACCUCGUUCAAUCGACGGAAACAUACGCGACAUUGUUAUGUUCUUCAUAUAUUAUUCUUGCCUGUCGUGUUUUGAUGCGACGAUCGAAUGUUCGCUCAGCCAAUCGUAAACGUAACGGAAACAUGGACGCUAUGAAGCUUCAGUUCCGUCAGUCUACCCCUCAUCGUCUCAAUCUAUUCCCUCGGAACUCCAAACAGACCUUCCCAACUUCUUCAAGGUUGAACAUUGUUAUUUAUGCGUCGGUUGCCAUCAGUGCUGCUCUGUUUUGUUAUGUAUUUUAUAAAGCAAUGGGUGAUUGGAGUUCGGAGAAGCGGAAAUUUGGGAUUGUGAUAGAUGGAGGGAGUACAGGGACGCGGGUUCAUGUUUUCGAUUAUGUAGUGAAGGCUGGGGUUUCGGAAUUCAAUUUUAGGGAUAAAGGGUUAGUGUCAAUGCGAGUAAAUCCUGGGUUGUCUUCUUAUGCUGACGAUCCGGAUAAGGCGGGUCGAUCGUUGGAGAGGCUUAUUGAGUUUGGAAAGAAGAUUGUCCCGGAAGAGUUGUGGGGAGAGACGGAAGUUCGGCUUAUGGCAACUGCCGGCUUAAGGAUGCUAAAUUUGAGUGUUCAAGAUCGGAUUCUUGAUUCGUGCAGGAGAAUUCUAAGGUCAUCCACUUUCAAGUUUCAAGAUAGCUGGGCAUCUGUUAUAACUGGUACUGAUGAAGGGAUCUAUGCAUGGGUAGUUGCAAACUAUGCCUUGGGAGUGCUUGGAGGUGAUCCUUCAAACACAACUGGAAUAAUUGAAUUAGGGGGUGCUUCUGCUCAGGUUACCUUUGUUUCAAGUGAGCCAAUGCCCCCUGAAUUCUCUCAUGUAGUGAAAGUGGGAAAUGCGUCUUAUAAUCUCUAUAGUCACAGCUUGCUUCACUACGGACAGAACGUUGCAUUUGAUAUAUUACAAGAAUCUCUCGGUAGUACUCAUUCACAAUCAGUUACUAGGACGACAACUCAAACAGAAAGAGUAAAUGAUCCUUGCACUCCCAAAGGAUAUGUACAUUUAAAAGCACCGUCUGGCUCUUCAACUCAAAACAGUAUACAUCCAGCCGGGAACUUCUCUGAGUGCAGAUCAGCUGCUUUAACACUUCUGCAAAAAGGAAAAGAAGAAUGCGUAUACCAACACUGCCACAUUGGAUCCACAUUUACCCCCAAACUUGAGGGAAGUUUUUUGGCCACAGAGAAUUUCUUUCACACAUCUAAGUUCUUUGGGCUAAACUCGAAGGGGAGAUACAUUUCUGAUAUGAUGAGGGCUGGGAAAAAAUUCUGUGAAGACGAUUGGUUGAAUUUAAGAUCAAUGUACCAUACCCUAGAUGAAGAGGAUUUAAUGCGUUAUUGUUUCUCGUCUGCAUAUAUUGUAGCCUUCCUCCAUGACAGCCUUGGCAUUGCAAUGGAUGAUGAAAGGAUUACGAUUGCGAACCAAGUAAGAGAUAUUCCCCUUGAUUGGGCGCUAGGAGCUUUUAUCCUACAGAACACACAAGAUCAUCCUAGCUGGAUCAAUAUCUAUGUUAUGAGUGAUUCAUCAAGACUGAUUGCUUUUCUCAUAAUCUUCGUUCUAUUGAUGGCUGGAGCGUGGUCUUUAUCGAAAUGGAGGAAGCCUCAGGUGAAGACGAUCUAUGAUCUAGAGAAAGGGAAGUACAUAAUAAGCCGCGUCAAUAGAUACUCAUAGAAUUCUCUGAGAACCCGUCCAUUUGUCCUCUACUCAGCGCCAAAGCCAAAUUUGUUUUUCUUUGUGGACUAUUGAGAAUCAUAGUGAAAAGAAUUGACAGGAGAGUUGUGCAUUGGAAAAUUGAAUUGUUAAUUUUUCAUUAUAAGCUUUCUAGAAUAGUGUGUAGAAUGAUUCUCCUUAUUAUAGUUUGUAUAUUUAUUUAUUGGAAGCA